ACUUGGUCCCUGAAGCUUCUAAUGAGCCUCAAACAGCAGAAAAACUUCCAAGCAGCUUUUCAAACUUUAAAGAAGUCGGAAGCAAACGGCGGAGCAAAGCUUCGGCAUGAAAAAGCCGCUCCUAGGAAGUAACGGCUAGUUGGAGACUUUUGGCCGUGUCCAGUUUGGGUCGGGCUGCCGGGAGGUGAACCGAACUCUAACGAUGCAUGUGCUGCAGGCCAACGGAUCCAUUAUGGACCUGAACUCCGACUGGGUGAAGGUUAAAGCCCACUACCGAGGGUACAUGUUGAUCACUGACAUGCCAUCUUCAGUGAGCUUCGUGGAGCUGUGUGAGGAAGUGAAAACAAUGUGCAGCGUUGCUAGGCAACAACCCAUCACUCUGAAGUGGAUCGACGAUGAAGGAGAUCCUUGCACCAUCUCCUCUCAGAUGGAGCUGGAAGAGGCGCUUCGGAUUUACAGCAGAACCAAGAGAUCUGGACUCCUGCUGCAUGUUUUCCCCAGCAUCCCGGAGCGGCCAGGCAUGCCCUGCCCAGGAGAAGACAAGUCAAUCUACCGCCGCGGCGCCAGAAGAUGGAGGAAGCUCUACCGAGUGAACGGACACCAUUUCCAGGCCAAGCACUUUAACAGGAAAGCCUACUGUGGCCACUGUGGUGAGCGGAUAUGGGGGCUGGGCGGGCAGGGCUACAAGUGUAUCAGCUGCAAACUGUUGGUCCAUAAGCGCUGUCACAGACUCUUUCCUCAGACCUGCCAAAGGCUUAUGGAUCCAGCCAUGCCAUCGCAGGAGCCCCCUUCAGACGCCAGGAGUGAGGAGGUGGACCUUCCACCGGACGAUGCAGAGGACACGGAUGGGAUAUCUUUUCUGCCACACAACCGUGCGGUGGAUAAACGGGAAGAAACGGAUACCGAGGACUCGGACCUGAAUCCCCUGCAGGACAUCAAGGAUGUGGUGGACGGCAUUGAUGGCAUUAAGUUGUCGCAGGGCACCACUCUAGGUCUGAGUGACUUUGAACUGAUCCGGGUGAUUGGGCGAGGAAGCUACGCCAAGGUCCUACUGGUCCGGCUGAAGAAGAAUGAGCAAAUUUAUGCCAUGAAAGUGGUUAAAAAGGAGCUCGUCCACGACGAUGAGGAUAUCGACUGGGUGCAGACAGAGAAGCAUGUGUUCGAGCAGGCGUCCACCAAUCCAUUCUUAGUCGGCCUCCACUCCUGUUUCCAGACAGAAAGUCGGUUGUUCCUGGUGAUCGAAUACGUGAACGGCGGAGACUUGAUGUUUCAUAUGCAACGACAGAGGAAGCUUCCGGAGGAACACGCCAGAUUUUAUGCAGCAGAAAUCUGCAUCGCGCUGAACUUCCUUCAUGAGAAGGGCAUCAUUUACCGAGAUCUGAAACUGGACAACGUUCUGUUGGACCACGAAGGACACAUUAAGCUCACGGACUACGGCAUGUGCAAGGAGGGGAUCAGACCAGGGGACACCACCAGCACUUUCUGUGGAACCCCCAACUACAUCGCACCUGAGAUCCUCAGAGGAGAGGACUACGGCUUCAGCGUGGACUGGUGGGCUCUGGGUGUGCUGAUGUUCGAGAUGAUGGCUGGAAGAUCUCCGUUUGAUAUUAUUACAGACAAUCCUGACAUGAACACAGAGGAGUACCUCUUCCAAGUUAUCCUCGAGAAGCCCAUUCGCAUCCCAAGGUCCCUGUCGGUUAAAGCUGCCAGCGUGCUCAAAGGCUUUCUAAACAAGGAUCCCAAGGAGCGCCUGGGUUGCCAGGUCCAAACAGGCUACACAGAUAUCAAGUCACACACAUUUUUCCGCAGUAUAGACUGGGACCAGCUGGAAAAGAAAGAGAUGACGCCGCCCUUCAAACCUCAAAGCUCUGAUGAGUUUGGCUUGGAAAACUUUGACACGCAGUUUACCAACGAACCAGUGCAGCUAACGCCAGACGAUGAGGACGUAAUCAAGAGGAUAGACCAGUCAGAGUUCGAGGGAUUUGAAUACAUCAACCCCCUGCUGCUAUCAGCAGAAGAGUCCGUAUGAAGGAGAGAGCAGCUUCCUCUUUCGCCCACCUUCUGUCUGUCCAAGCAGCCGUCCUCGCCGAAAAUAAAACCACCAGAAGCCAACUGUGGAAGGCAAGGAGGACGCCCAACUCACCGCAGGAACGUGAAGGCCAACAAACGGGAGAGAUUCCUGCCUGGACUAUUGGAUGGUUUUACCGAGUAGCAGACUCUCCAGUCUGUCAUAGUUUUUAGGUGGAAAACAAACCCUGGACUACGAGGAUGCCCCGGACCUUCUGUUGUCCUCUUCCCUUCUUUUUCUUUCUGACCUUUUCCAUCCUUAAAUCAAAGCACGACCAGCUCUUUCAUGCCUGAACAGAAACCUGUUAUUCUGUGCCUGCCAUCAUCAAAACAUCUCAGCCCAUCUUACAUCCUGGGAUGAACAGGAGAGUUCUCUGAAAGAUGAUUUUAACUGCACUUUUUCUUUAUUUCUGUUUUAUAUCUUGUAGAUGGGGCCACGCCUCAGACCAAGCAAGAAUGUACGAUGACAAAAUAAAAAAAAAUUAAGUUAUUAUGUAUUAUAAUGUAGGAAGAAAAUCCUAAAUUGACAAUGCCUUUUAAUGAUGUAAAUGACACAUUCUCAUUGGCGCCACCAGGUUCUUUUUUUAAUCUUUUCUGAUCGUCUGUGACUAAACGUGGGACGCUAACGGGGAGAUGAGUUUUAUUGAAGAAGUGCCUCAAAGAUCAAAUUAAUUCUGUCUCUUAUUGCUCCAACUACACUUCCUUAACCCAUCAUGGCGUCACUAAACCCAAACAAAGACCUCUUGCUUUCAGUUCAGACAUCAGUGGAACCCUUCGGAGGUGAUUGUCUCUCAGGAGAAUCAGGACAAGACUAGACGCAUAACAUGAGAGCUUUAUGUGUCCUUAAUAUGUAAAAAAAAAAAAAAAAAAACUUGU